AUGACAAUAUGCCUUUAAACGACCAGUAACAUCAAAAUUUUUAAAAAAAAAUUCUUUAGUAUACCACGAUAAAAAAACGCCAAGACAUAUUAAAGGUGAUCCGGUGAUCCAUCGUGCGGCGCUCAAUUUCUCCUUCCUGCCUUCUUUAUAGGAGAUAGCCAGGGAGGAGAAAUCGAGCACCGCACAAUGAAUCGUCGUUAUGUCGCCUUUUCUGAAGAGGAGCGCAAGCAGAGUUUCGGCUGUGGUAGCCCAGCCAUCAAUCCUGUACUUUCUGGAUUUGCUAGGAUUGUGAACGGUGAAAAUGCAGUACCUGGAUCCUGGCCUUGGCAAGUUUCUCUGCAGGACAGCACCGGUUUCCACUUCUGUGGUGGCUCUUUAAUUAGCGACCUCUGGGUUGUGACUGCUGCACAUUGUGGUGUCACAACCUACCACCAUGUUAUUAUUGGUGAAUUUGAUCGUUCUUUCCCAGCUGAGCCUAUCCAAACCAAGACAAUUGCCAAGGCAACUUGCAAGUUGAUCUUUGUUUUCAGACACCCCAGUUACAACUCUUUCACCAUUGCCAAUGAUAUCACACUUCUGAAACUGUCCAUCCCUGAUUCCUUCAGCAACACUAUUUCUACUGUCUGCGUUGCUACUUCCGAAGAUGUGUUCAAUAGUGGCGAGAGAUGUGUCACAACUGGAUGGGAAUUGUUGCCAGCUAGAUUAACCCAAAACAAGUUGCAGCAGGUAGCUCUGCCUCUUCUUAGCAACACUGAAUGCCAGAGAUAUUGGGGAAGCAAGAUUCUAAGCACAAUGGUCUGUGCUGGUGCUACUGGUGCCUCUUCCUGCAUGGGUGACUCGGGUGGACCUCUUGUGUGCCAAAGAAAUGGAGCUUGGGUGCUGGCUGGAAUUGUGUCCUGGGGAAGUUCUACAUGCUCUCCAUCAUCUCCUGGCGUUUAUGCUCUUGUCUCCACUCUUAGAUCCUGGAUGGAUCAGACAAUUGCUGCCAAUUAAAUACAUGUAUCUGUACUUAAACAUCAAAGUAAAAUGAUAUUUAAUUAAAAUAUAUUUUGUUUAUCUUU